UGCUGAAAAUAUAUUUUGUCCAGUACAACUCCAUUAUUAUUACUAACAAAACAAUUCAAAACACAUUUCUUACUGAGAGUGGGUCAGAGAUAUUAUCUUUCCAACACACAUUAAGAAUCUGGAUUUUAUAGAUGAAAAUUAUAAUACGAUUUAGCUCAGUAGAUAAAUGACAUUAUGUGGACUAAAUUUCUGUUUCUAGAUAGAAAUAAUGUCUAAAUGUGCCUUAAAUGCCCUUCAUGUCACAUAUUUUGUUGCAACAAUUUGUGAUUAACUUGGUUUGUUUUAUUAAAAGAGACUUGUAAAUCCAACCCUCUAAUGUUUUCCAGAUAGUGCCACCUUUCUUUAUUCAAUCAGUGAUGGAAAAUGAUAAGAAAUACAGUUUUACCUAAAGAGGGUAUUUUCAGGAAGGAAGAGAUUCUAAUGGUCAGAUCUGUGAUUUAGCAUAAUAGCAAACAAAGAUAACUAUCCUAGCAGGUGCCACAUAGUAGGUGACUAAAGAAUCUUUAUUGAAUUGAAGUAUAUUUUGUAAGGAAAAGCAUACGUCAAUCCGGGUGUUAUGUGGAAGUUUAAGUGAUUUUAAGAGAAUGCACAAAUUAUAUGCUCAUGGACAAGUUACUUUUUGUGACUAAAUCUUCAAAUGGAAAAUAAACCAAUAAUAUCUUCAUUACAUGGUGAGUGUGUAUAGUCCUUGGUAGAGUUCUUGGAACAUAAUAGGUAUUUGAUAACUGAUACCUGCUAACAACAGAAAUAACCACAACAAUAAUAACACAUAAAAGUCCUGUGUAUAAUGGCUAUAAGCUCAUUAAUAUAUAACACAUGUGAUUUGUACGUAUUGAUAUAUAAAUAAUAACAUUUUAAAUUGCUUUGCUAAUGUUUGACACACAGUAGGAACUUGGUGUAAAUUUGAUCUAUUUAAAUACCCUCAUAAAAAGAUUGCUUUAGUUAAUUUAGUUAAAUGAAAAUGCAGUUCAAAAAUCUAAAACUAACUUAAUCCUUUGGAAAAUGACAAUAAAAGCAAAAGCUACCUAAGGAUUUCUUACUGAAAUGGUCAAAUAAUUUGGGCUUCAUGCAAAUGAAUAGCAGGAAUACCACUCUACUUCAAAGAGUAGACAAAGGGAAUUAACUUGGAAAACUCUUAGGUGACCCCUAUUUUGAAUCUUAUUAAUUGGAAGCAUUUUAAAGCUCAAAAGGCUGUUAUUGCUAGUUACAGUGGUAGCUACAUAUGGAAAAUGGCUGCAGAAAUUCACAAUACAAAAAUAGUCCAUUGCUAAAUGCAAAAUUCUGUUAAUGUCACAAACAGUGGGACGUGAAACACAAAUGAAUUGUGAUGACAGUUGAGUACCAAGCUGCCUAUUUUUUCCCCCUCAGAGCUGCCCAUAUUUGGCUUUAUAUUUUCCUCAGUCCUGAUUUAACCCAUAAAUAUUUGUAUUUUCUGCAGCUAGCCUCACCUUGGAUCGUACUACUUAAGCAUUUUCUUCCUAAGUGUUUCUCAAUUCCUAGGAAUUCUGCUUUACUGCUUUUCUUCCUACAGAUAAGCAUUUUUAAAUAUUUCUUUACCUAUUGCUUUAGAGUCAGAUUUUGAAUCUUUUUUCACCUACAGUCCGAUGAGGCUCAAUGUUGCUCUUUACCCUCCCAUUUCUCCUCAGUGUUUAAAGUGUAACCUGCAGGCUAGGGCCUAUUUCUUCUCCGUGUUGCUUUGACUUGGUACUUGCUGUCAUCCUGAUCAUCUGCAUUUAUUUGCUACCAUCAUUUUUUAAAAACUGGUUUUUUAAAUGUCACUCUUAUCCUUUAUGAUAGAAGGUCUUUAUGAUCCUGGAUUUGGGGAGCAAGACUUAUUUUAUGAACCCACUAAAGCUCUCUUAUAAAUGCAGCAGUUCCACAUAACCAUAAGCUAGCUUGACCUUUGGGAAAUGUCAUUAAAAAAUCUCUAAAGAGUAUUGCUAAAAUGACCAAAUUAUUUAGGCUUAAUAGAUUUUGUAGCAUGGAUACCAGACCUACUCACAGAGCAACAGUCCUGGCUGAAUAUAUUUUAUCUGGGUUUUACUGCAUGUGGUGAUUUGGCUGCCAUUUAUUGAGUGACCUCUCUGUUUCAAGCAUUUUACAUUUAAUUCUUAAAACAAUUUUGUGAGAUGGGUACCAUUAUCUUCAUUUAAUACGUAAGAAAAUCUUGACCUAGAGAGGCUAAAUGACUUGUUAAAAGGUGGAAAUGGGAUACAAACCAAAGUUUCUAAGACUAACGUUCAUCCUUUCUCCAUUUCCACAUGCUUGUGCCUGGUUAUAUAUUUACAUUAUUGGUAAUGGGAAAGAAGUUUAUAGUAUAAUUCACUUGGAGGCAUAGCCAAUUUAUUCCUUCCUUCCUUCCUUCCUUCCUUCCUUCCUUCCUUCCUUCCUUCCUUCCUUCCUUCCUUCCUUUUCUUUCUUUCUUUCUUUGACCGAGUCCCGGACUGUCGCCUGGGUUGGAGUGGAGUGGUGCGAUCUCAGCUCACUGCAAGCUCCGCCUCCUGGGUUCAAGUGAUUCUCUUGCCUCUGCCUCCCAAGUAGCCGGGAUUACAGGUAUCCACCGCCACACCCAGCUAAUUUUUUGUAUUUUUAGUAGCGACGGGGUUUCACUAUGUUGUCCAGGCUGUUCUCAAAUUCCUGACCUCGUGAUCCGCCCACCUUGGCCUCCCAAAGUUCAUGGAUUACAGGCUUGAGCCACCGCACCCGGCUGCCAAUUUCUUUAAAACAAAGCGAUGGUGAGAUUUUGCCAUGUUGUCAUGUUAUAGAACUAUGAAUCCAAGGCUAUAGAUUCACUAGAUCUCCAGUAGCAAAAGGUACAUAAGUAUAGGCAACAUCCUUUGAUUUUCCCUUUGGUUUUGGAGGACAUGUUAUUGUCAGUUUUGAAGAAACUACAACUUAAUAUGUGUGGCUUAUGUGCUAGGCAUUCCUGACUUCUCAUCGAGUGCCUCCUGUGACUUGUCCUACCUUUUCCUCCAAAACUAAAAUCUAAUUAUUCUUAACAAACGUAUCCUGUAGGCCUUUUUCCCACCAAGUUUUCUGAAGAAUUGUUUUUAUUAUAAUUAUUUAGUGCUUUAUUAAAGUGGGCAAUUAAAGCAUUUUAAAUGCCUCCAUCAUCAAUCCAUAUGUUUCUCUUAUGAGGCAUUAACACCACUUUACUUUUAUACAGCACUUUGCAGUUUACAGCUUGAAACAUGUAUACCCCAAAAAUAGCACAUUGCCUUUUCAUCAGAAUAGGGAUAUCUAAUUUAACAAUAGUCGCCACAUACAGUGAAGCAGUGAGAAGACUGGCCUUCAAACCAGUACUCUUCAUUUUCUACGGAAGUGCCCAAGCCUGGCUUUCCUCUUUGCCUUUAUGCAGUUGGACCAUUGAGUUCACCAGAUUGCACCCCAAACUCCAUUAUUUUGCUUUGAGCAAGAACUGACAGUUAGUGUAGACUAGUUAGUAACUUUGCCACAACAGGUUUACUUUUACUUUAUUUGUGUCAGAACCUCUAAAAGGAUCUCGUGAAAAUUUCCUGGAAUUUAGAGUGAAAUUUUAGCUAGAAAGAAAGAGAAAGAGAAAGAGAGAGAGAGAAAGAGGAAGCUACAACAAAACCAAAAGAAAGAAAGAGAGAGAGAGAGAGAGAGAGAGAAAGAAAAGAAAGAAAGAAAGAAAAGAAAGAAAGAAAGAAAGAAAGAAAGAAAGAAAGAAAGAAAGAAAGAAAGAAAGAAAGAGAAAGAAAGAAGCUACAACAAAACCCCAGAACCAUCUUUUUUCAAAUAGUCCCUUGAAAAGAAAACUAUAAAAAAUUUAUGUUAAGAUUCUGGGUCUUUGAAUUACUCGUCAUGAGCGCUUUUCCUGGGCAAUAUCUCCCAUGUUCACCCUUCCUCUGGUCACAUUGAAUGUUCAAUUUCCUUUUCUCACUCUGACAGUUACCAAUGUUGAUAUGUCUUCAUUAUUAUUUAUUACUUUAAAUUUAAAGCAGAGUAGUUUUUUUCUCACUUUUUGAAAAUUCAAUAAGUUUUAUUGUGUAUGUAUCAAAAGUCACUAUAUAACUGUGCUCCCAAUCUUGUUUUUUAAACAAAUGAAUAUUGCUGUAUUUUAAAAAUAUGAAUGUCAUUUUAUUUUAUUUUAUUAAGACAGAAUCUUGCUCUGUCACCCAGGCUGGAGUGCAGUGGCUCAGUCUUUGCUCACUGCAACCUCCAUCUCCUGGGUUCAAGCAAUUCUCCUGCCUCAGCCUCCCGAACUGGGAUUACAGGUGUGUACCACCAUGCCUGGCUAAUUUUUUAUAUUUUUAGUAGAGACAGGGUUUCACCAUGUUGGCCAGGCUGGUCUCGAGCUCCUGACCUUAGGUGAUCUGCCUGCCUCAGCCUCUCAAAGUGCUGGGACUACAGGCAUAAGCCACUGUGCCUGGCCAAAAAUAUGAAUACAUUUGGCUAUUUCCACCCUUUCUGUUAAUCCCAAGGAUCUUCAACUUUUAUUCUUCUCUUUAAGAUAGUGAGUCCUGGAAAUAAAAGUGAAAAUGAACAGUUCUAAAAGGUUAGUAUUUUAAAAAUUAUAGUUUGCCAUUCUCAGGUUUAUUCAAAAUUGACUUUCUGAUAUAACUAUAUGUUUUUACAAAUAUAAGCAUUACCUAGGUAGUGAAACAUAUUCACAGAGAGUUAUUUUCAAAAAUAUAGAGAAAAAUUUCACAUGUAUAUGUCCCAUUCCCUCCCCACUCCUUCCUGAGUUGUUGACAUGAGAAAAUAUCUUUCCAACAGUGGGGUAUCAUCUGCUUGGUGAAUUUUAACGUUUGCAUGAGAUGGUGUUCAUGUUUGUGAAAAAUAUCGAAGACUUCUGACCUCUUUCUUUUUAACUGCACAUGGCUCAAUCUAAUAAAUUUUCAGUAUAGAUUCUGAUAUGGUUAUAAUCCCAAUCAUACCACAUUUAAAAGCUAUAUUCCUGACUGUGUUUCUCUGCUAGCAUGACGCCACAAAGAAAAUGAAACCAACCCAAACAAAACCCUCCUUAUAACAGAAAGUAAAAUGAAGCUUGUAACGACUGUUUCGAAAAAUGGUUUGAACAGUGAGGAACAACCAAUUUUUCAAACACUGUUGUAGCCGUUUCAAGCUGUAGUGUGGAUAGUGUAUGCAAGAAAUCAAUAAAGGGAAGAGAUCUCUCUCUGACACAGAUGAAACCUGAAAAUACUGUUAAGACCAAUUCUCCCUCCAUGCAUCUGUUACUGCAUUCCACUAAAAGGUGUUGGGAAAAAAAUCAGCCAAAUUCUACUAGAACGAAGCAUCCAGACAAGUGACUCUUCAAAUAAUUAAAAAACAAACAAACAAACAAACAAAAAACAAACAAAAAAAACACACUACAGUAGAAAAAGGGGAAUGGGGGAAAAAAGAUUAAGCACUUAACAUGUUGAGUAUAUACCCAAAGCAGAAAACUCAGUGAGUGAAAAACUUGUCCUUCAAAAGAAGAUACUUUCUGUCCUUCACCAGUAACACAGAAUUGAUAGUCUGAUAAUAGAAGCCUUUUAAGUAGGUGUGGUGGGAAGAACACUGUCUUCCCAAAGGCUUCAGUAGGUAUUCAAUUGCCCAGGGCAAUCUGAUCAGCAUGUCCUUGUUUCCAGAAUUGAGUAAACCAAAUCAGGAUGAACCGCACAUGGUUUAAUAGUUAACUUUUAGAACAAGGGGCAGGGAGAUGCUUUUACGCCAUAGGCCCAGUGUUCAUUCCAAUCUCAUUACUAAAGUCUGUUCUGAGAGCAUUUACAGCUUUCCGGAGAGUCUGAGUUUGGCUGAAUCCUGAAGAUGGAAAUGUAGCUUAAUGACCUCCUUGUCCUGGAGUCUCCCUUAAUACAGAAUAUUUCAUCAUUACUAACAGGAUAUUCCUCAUGACAUUGCUGUCUGGUUACAUACAGUGAACUAGACAAAUUAAGUGUAUACCUUGAUGAGUAUACAUGUGACAACACCCAACCCAAGGUACAGAAUAUUUAUAAUACCUAAGAAGAAUCCUUUGUAUGUGCCCCUUGAAGGUGAAAUUUUCCAAAGUUUUAACAAAAGAUCUUUGACCAUCAGUCUGUGACCUGCCCCUUCUCUUUACAUGCAGCCGCUCUCUGCUCCCUGCCCCAAUGAACAUCUGCACUAGGCCCAAGCCUUGGAGUAAUUUACCUGAAGAGUGACACCAUUGAUUUUGAAACUACUAUGAGGAAACUGAAGCCCAGAGAGGUGAAGUGAGGUGCCCAAGGCCACACAGCAAGUUAGAGGCACAGCUAGUACGGUAGCUCAAGUCUCCUGACUCCCAGUCCAGUGCUCCUCCCAUUACUCCACGAGUCCUGUCUCUAAGCUUCCUGACAAAUGCUAGAACGGAAGAAACCCAAGACAGCUGAAAACCAGAAGGCAUCUGAGGAGAAUGAGAUUACUCAGCCGGGUGGAUCCAGCGCCAAGCCGGGCCUUCCCUGCCUGAACUUUGAAGCUGUUUUGUCUCCAGACCCAGCCCUCAUCCACUCAACACAUUCACUGACAAACUCUCACGCUCACACCGGGUCAUCUGAUUGUGACAUCAGUUGCAAGGGGAUGACCGAGCGCAUUCACAGCAUCAACCUUCACAACUUCAGCAAUUCCGUGCUCGAGACCCUCAACGAGCAGCGCAACCGUGGCCACUUCUGUGACGUAACGGUGCGCAUCCACGGGAGCAUGCUGCGCGCACACCGCUGCGUGCUGGCAGCCGGCAGCCCCUUCUUCCAGGACAAACUGCUGCUUGGCUACAGCGACAUCGAGAUCCCGUCGGUGGUGUCAGUGCAGUCAGUGCAAAAGCUCAUUGACUUCAUGUACAGCGGCGUGCUACGGGUCUCGCAGUCGGAAGCUCUGCAGAUCCUCACGGCCGCCAGCAUCCUGCAGAUCAAAACAGUCAUCGACGAGUGCACGCGCAUCGUGUCCCAGAACGUGGGCGAUGUGUUCCCGGGGAUCCAGGACUCGGGCCAGGACACGCCGCGGGGCACUCCCGAGUCAGGCACGUCAGGCCAGAGCAGCGACACGGAGUCGGGCUACCUGCAGAGCCACCCACAGCACAGCGUGGACAGGAUCUACUCGGCACUCUACGCGUGCUCCAUGCAGAAUGGCAGCGGCGAGCGCUCUUUUUACAGCGGCGCAGUGGUCAGCCACCACGAGACUGCGCUCGGCCUGUCCCGCGACCACCACAUGGAAGACCCCAGCUGGAUCACACGCAUCCAUGAGCGCUCGCAGCAGAUGGAGCGCUACCUGUCCACCACCCCCGAGACCACGCACUGCCGCAAGCAGCCCCGGCCUGUGCGCAUCCAGACCCUAGUGGGCAACAUCCACAUCAAGCAGGAGAUGGAGGACGAUUACGACUACUACGGGCAGCAAAGGGUGCAGAUCCUAGAACGCAACGAAUCCGAGGAGUGCACGGAAGACACAGACCAGGCCGAGGGCACCGAGAGUGAGCCCAAAGGUGAAAGCUUCGACUCGGGCGUCAGCUCCUCCAUAGGCACCGAGCCUGACUCGGUGGAGCAGCAGUUUGGGCCUGGGGCGGCGCGGGACAGCCAGGCUGAACCCACCCAACCCGAGCAGGCUGCAGAAGCCCCCGCUGAGGGUGGUCCGCAGACAAACCAGCUAGAAACAGGUGCUUCCUCUCCGGAGAGAAGCAAUGAAGUGGAGAUGGACAGCACUGUUAUCACUGUCAGCAACAGCUCCGACAAGAGCGUCCUACAACAGCCUUCGGUCAACACGUCCAUGGGGCAGCCAUUGCCAAGUACCCAGCUCUACUUACGCCAGACAGAAACCCUCACCAGCAACCUGAGGAUGCCUCUGACCUUGACCAGCAACACGCAGGUCAUUGGCACAGCUGGCAACACCUACCUGCCAGCCCUCUUCACUACCCAGCCCGCGGGCAGUGGCCCCAAGCCUUUCCUCUUCAGCCUGCCACAGCCCCUGGCAGGCCAGCAGACCCAGUUUGUGACAGUGUCCCAGCCUGGUCUGUCGACCUUUACUGCACAGCUGCCAGCGCCACAGCCCCUGGCCUCAUCCGCAGGCCACAGCACAGCCAGUGGGCAAGGCGAAAAAAAGCCUUAUGAGUGCACUCUCUGCAACAAGACUUUCACCGCCAAACAGAACUACGUCAAGCACAUGUUCGUACACACAGGUGAGAAGCCCCACCAAUGCAGCAUCUGUUGGCGCUCCUUCUCCUUAAAGGAUUACCUUAUCAAGCACAUGGUGACACACACAGGAGUGAGGGCAUACCAGUGUAGUAUCUGCAACAAGCGCUUCACCCAGAAGAGCUCCCUCAACGUGCACAUGCGCCUCCACCGGGGAGAGAAGUCCUACGAGUGCUACAUCUGCAAAAAGAAGUUCUCUCACAAGACCCUCCUGGAGCGACACGUGGCCCUGCACAGUGCCAGCAAUGGGACCCCCCCUGCAGGCACACCCCCAGGUGCCCGCGCUGGCCCCCCAGGCGUGGUGGCCUGCACGGAGGGGACCACUUACGUCUGCUCCGUCUGCCCAGCAAAGUUUGACCAAAUCGAGCAGUUCAACGACCACAUGAGGAUGCAUGUGUCUGACGGAUAAGUAGUAUCUUUCUCUCUUUCUUAUGAACAAAACAAAACAACAACAAAAAACAAACAAAAAAGCUAUGGCACUAGAAUUUAAGAAAUGUUUUGGUUUCAUUUUUACUUUCUGUUUUUGUUUUUGUUUCGUUUCAUUUUGUACUACAUGAAGAACUGUUUUUUGCCUGCUGGUACAUUACAUUUCCGGAGGCUUGGGUGAAUAAUAGUUUUCCCAGUCUCCCUCGGAUGGUGGCCUUAAGGCCUGGUAGUGCUUCAAGAGGUCCACUGGUUGGAUCUCUAGCUACUGGCCUCUAAAUACAACCCUUCUUUACAAAAAAAAAUCUUUUAAAAAAAAGUAAAAAAAAAAAAAAAAAUUUCCACUUGUGAAGAGCACUACAAAAAAUAUAUAACAAAAUCUAAAAGGCCUACUGUCUUUAAGUACACCGCUUGCAGUGUUUCAGUGGACAUUUUCACAAUUCUGGCCGCUUGGACUUCACAGUAACCAGUUAAAACUGUGGAAUAUCACUUCUGGUUGAAAACCCAGAGGAAAGGCCCUGCUGUUUUCCACCUACCACGUUGUCUGAUUUCAUAAAAGGGCUGUGGGGGUGGGAAGGGCAGUGGGUUCGGUGGUGUGGGAAAGAAAGACGAAUGGCAGGCUUCUUCCCAGAUUCUGCCCGGGUCCACACACCCUGGCCCACCUUCUCCAUAUUCCCCUCUUGCAGCAGAAGCCAGGAAGACUUGGACAAGCAACAAGCAACAGUGGCUAUCGUAUUUAUUCAGUGUCUUCGCUGAGCCACAGCCUCAGCACAAUCAAGAGGGACUUUCAUGAAAGGCAGGAAUGCAGAUAAAACAAAGAUAUCAGAAAUUUGCACCUAUGUUUCUAGGUACAAGAGAAGGAUUAUUUCCAACAAUCUUUGCAAAAAAAAAAAAGUGUCAGGAUAUAUUCUUGUGGAAGAGAAAAAGAAAGAGAAAUGGAGGGUGGGGGGAACAAUAAAAAGUUCUUGAGGCUUUUUUAAUUCAAAAUUUUAUAGAGGGGCAAAAGUGACGUUUACCAGAUAGAAUGCUGAUUUUUUUAAUAUAUUUACAACAGUAUUUGUGUAAAAAAAAAAACAAAAAAAGUGAAAUUGUUAAAAGUAAUUUUUUUCAUUUUGGUUUUGCAUACACUGCCACCAAUUCCUUCUCUUUUAUUUUAUUUCACACACAUAUAUAUAUUUUUUGGUAAGUCAAGACUGUUAAGGUUAGCGAUACUGCUUCCAGAUAGAAAGAAUAAAAGGCAACUAAAGUUAUAUUUGAAAGAGAGGAAGGAUAUUUUCUUCAUAUUUUUUUUAAUUUUUCUUAAUUUUUAUUAUUUUAAGUAUUGCCUGGGUUGAUGAGGGCCUCUGUGGCCAGCCCAUCCCUGCUGUAAUUUGAAUUGCUGCUUUGUAUUUUGAUAUGUAGUUCUUUGACUUUAGCAAGCUUAAGUUGCCCCACUGAAUAAUUUUUUCAACUGAUUCAUCUAGAAUUCUGUUCUUUUUCAUGGAAGAGACUUUAUCUUUCAGAAAGAGAUUGCUUGCUUCUCCAAAAUUUCACUGAGAUCUUACAAUUCUAGAAUUUCUAUUGACUUUAUUUUUUUCUUAGUGAAACACUAAUAGUCUAGAAGUCUUGAUAAAUGGGGUCUUUUCUUUUGUGAUCAGCCAGGAAGAGGAGUUCACAAAACUCUGCCAUAGCUCCUCACCCUUCCCAACUACAAAGAGCAUCAUUAUGAGAAGCCUGUUAUAGAUCAAGAUGCAUUGAUGCCAAAAUUACUUUUUCCUUUCAAAUAUCACCUUCUGACUGUUUCCACCAUGGUUAAGAGGGCUAAAUAAGAUGAUCAUUCUUUAGAUGACGAAUUAACCCUUGCUUCUUCGAAAGGUUUUAGGGAAAUUAACAAAAAAAUUCCCAGAUGCCAACAGCCACCAUUCAAAAGACCACCAAUCUAUUGCAUCAUACCAGAUGCCACUCUCUCUUCCUAGUAGGGAUUUCUCUCCUCGGUCCUGAUCAAGGUAUUAUAAUAGAGCCAUUUUCAUUAUAGACAGUGUCCUGAAGGGAUUCCAGCUCAAAUAUAGGAAUUCUUAAACCUAGCUGAAACUCCCAAAGUGAUUUCAUUGCUGGGCAUAUUUUAACAUACUUAGGGGAAAGCAAAUCUUUAAACAAAGCAAAACACCAAACUACAGUUUUAAAAAGAAGAAAGGAGAGCGUAUUUUAGUUUCAAAAUUACAUUACAUUUUAAUUUAAUUUUCCUUCUAAUUUUUCUGUCAGCAUUUUAUUUACAAAAACUGUGCAGCAAACGAGGGAAAAUCUUCCAACACAAACAACUCUGUAAUGACUAAAUUGGUUUUAUUCAUAUAUUUUAGACAUUUGGUUAACUUGGAUCUUUUUCAUAAGUUCUUUGUGAUGCUUUGUAAGGUUAGUGUAACUGAAGUGUUUGUGAGUUUGAUUUGGUCCCACAGUGCUUAAUUCAGUGGAUAUUUUGCUAGAAGUUUUAAUGUAAACUUGGGUGGUUAACUGACUAUUAAGUAUAACCUAUUGUGAUUUCUAAGAGGAGUCCUACCAAGAACUGUGUGUCCAAAACUGAUCUGUUCUAACAGUUAGUGAGGAACAGCUUGCAAGAUAAAGUAAGUUCAUUUUUCUAUUGCUAAUUUUGCUUUUUAAAAUAGCAGUGUUGUAAGACUAAUAUUUCCACUUACCACCAAUAGAGGGAGCAUUAAUUAACUAUGUCAUGGAAUUGUUUUGAUAUUUUGGAAAACAAGUGAUUCCACCCAUAAAAUGAAAAGAGAAGAUUGACCUUAAGAAAAAAAACUCUUAAAGCUAGAAGACAAUGACAUGAAAUCACUCAAUACAUGUUACAAAUGAAAGAAGGCCAAAAGCCACUUUAAAAUGUUUUUAACUGUUUCACAGUAGAUUUGAAAGUGUCUUUGUUCAAAUUUAGCAAAGUAGGAAGAAUUUUCACUAAUACCUCCUGAAAAGUUGAUCUUAGGUGCCGUUAUAGGCCACGUGUAGCUUUCUGUUUCUCAAAUCUGAGAGAGACCCAUUUGCCUUAAUGCUGAUUUGCCAUGUAAAAUGCUAAGCAAUUGGGUUAGAAUCCACCUUUUCUUUUGGUAGAACAUGUAGAGAAAAAGCUGCAGGUGACUUGAAACCCUGAGGAGUCUAUCAUCCUUUCCCUGUAAAGGAAGUGUCUCUUAAAAAAAAGGGAGUGGGGGAGGAGGUGGAGGAUCCCUAAAGAAUUCUUAAUGAGGUGAUAUAAUCAUUGUAGUCCAUGACAAAAUGGACCAGCCAGGUUUGCAUAGCAGCAGACAUAUUCCUACUGUACAUUUAUCCUUCCCGAAUAUGUCACAUUCUAAAAUAGUUGACAAAUUAUUUUGUGGAAAGAGGAAGAAGCUGGAUUGGAGUGGGAGAUCUAAUCUGGAGGAGCAAAGAGGUAGUUGUUUAUUGCUAUGUUCCUGGCCCAUCAAAUGGCCACUUUCCAAACUGACCCACAUUUUAGGAAAUAAACCAAUCUGGACCUGUUUCAAAAGGAUAGAGAUGCUUUUAGAUUGUCAAUUCUCACUUUUAAGUUAAACAAUCACAAAUAUCUUUAGAAAUAGGGAAAGACAUUUGCUUCAAAAUCAAAGAAUGAGUGUGGAUCUUUUUAAUUUUUUUUUGUUUCAAGUCCUACAGUCAUCUUACAUUUAGACCUUCAUGGUAGGGUGACAUGAGUGCUAAAAAAAUUUCUUUCUAGUAGCCAGGAAACAGAUAGAUAAGAUAAAAGCAAAUGUUCCAGAUUUAAGACUUCUUAGGAUGAGUACAAGGAAGAGAGAAAUAGUAUGGAAAGGACAUUUUUUAGCAAUUUAUAAUUUUAAAAUGGAAUUUGCCAAACAAGGGAAAGGAAAAAAAGUCAAAGGGGAAUUUUUAUCUCAAGAUAUUUAGACAUGGUUUAUAAAAAAAUAAUAUUUUCUACCACUAAAAACACUGGUAUUAUCUCAGCAUCAUGGGCAAUUUUUCCUUAUUACAUGCCAAUAUUUGUACAAAAAAGGCCCCCAAAUGUUUGAAAUAUAAUCCUAAAAAAGAAAAUAAUUGGAACACAUGGAUCUGUUACAAUUCUACACAGGGGGAAACAAGCUAAGCAAAGAAAAAAAAUCUGAAAUGAAAAUCUCUGUAUCAAAAUGGUUUCCUGUAUCUUUUAAUUGAGAGGUAAACUUUAGCUCCUAAUAACAGUUUUAUAGACCGUUCUCUUCCCAAAUUCCUAAUGCUUUGAAUCUAUUUGUGCCAUGAUUAAGUGUGCUGGAUAAUUUCCUGCUCAUAUUCUAGCCUCAGUUCAUUCCUAGUCAUCUUAGAGAUCAUAGUAGCUCUUGGCCUUAGAAAGACUUGGGUUUGCUGUGUUUAAAAGUCAUAAGGGUUUUAUUUUGUAUCAUCAAAAUAUUCUAUAAGGUCUCAAAUACUCUUUUUCAACCCAUGAACAGUAAGAAUUUGUGAAUUCUGAUAAUGAAAAAAGUUUUCCUCCAGGUAUGUUUGUUUCACAUUCAGUCCUAAAGCCUUGAGCUAUGUGUACUUCCCUCACACAGGAACACCAGCUGUCCUGUCUGUGCUCUGCCCGUGCCCAAAACUCAAUAUUUUCUCUCAGCGCAGAAGUCAAAAAUGAGGUAUGCCCCUUAUAAAACCCCUUCGAUUCCUGAGAAAACAUAAUAAAGCCUUAUGUUGCUUCCUUGUUGGGGCUCCUCCACAAUGCUCCCAACACCUGUGACCCCUAGGAAAACAGGGAGCAAGGUAGAUCUGGCCAGGAGUCACAGGAUAUACACCCAUUCUGGAGCUUUCCUCUGUUGUUCUAGAAGAUGUUAUUUGAUUAGUUGGGGCUGGGAGCAGGGGAUAUAUGAUUUUGUGGAAAAGGUAUCAGAUAAUCAAAUCAGGUCUGCCUCUGCUAUAGCCAGUGUGCUGCUGCAUUAAAAGGGAACAAAAGGAAGGUGCAACGUAAGAGCAGACACAACCUGAGAUGCCCUUGAGAUUUAGGAGAACAGGAGGGCGCCCUUUCUGUUGUGACCUGACUCUUAAAAGAAAUCUUCUAAAAGAAUUCUUUAAUUUGGUAAUGAGUUGAAGUCCAGGGUAAUGGAAGCUCUAGGGCAGAGAACAAAAGAAUUGCAAAAUGUAUUCAGCACCAAACAAUGCUAAACCAAGAAACAUCCAAUCACAAAACUAGGAAGUUUGGCAAGAAGUGGUUAGAGAAAUCUCUGCGCUUUUCCAUGGGCAGGGUCGACAGACUCUUUUCAGUGAUUUCUGGCUCUGAGAAACCUCUUUACUCACUAGAAAAGAACUUUAUUUAAAUGGCCAAUUUUGUUCCUCAGAAAAAGAAAUUUAAAAAAAAGAAAAAUAGGAUACUGAAGACAGAACCAUGUGACUUGGUGACAAACAAAAGGAAGGGUGCACUAGAAUUUCAAUAGGCUCCGUAAUUCCACAGAAAAAGCAAAGCAACCCAAUGCCUCCUGAGCCUGCAGUGCCUGAAGAGUGUGCUUGAGCUGACCCAGCCACCAGGCCUUCUGGGGCUAGACAUAACUUCCCACUGGAACAGCAGCAGCCUCUUUCCCCUCUUUGUGUUUUCAUGAAGAAAACGGCUGUUCUCUUAGGUAGCCAGGAAAUAGAUUACAUGGGGCAAACUUUCAAAAGCAAUCUCCACCCUGGUGCUCAGGCUACAUACAGAGGCAGAAAAGGGGCACGGAAGAGCCCUUGCUCUUGAGAGAGAGUAUUUUCAUAUUCCCAAGGGCUUUCCGUGUAGAGUUGCUAUUCUGAUAUCACUUAAACCUUUACAAGAAAAAAGGCUGUGGUGACUCAGUGUUCCUAUAAAUUCAGAAUGUGGAAACUACUAAUCCAAAGCAUCAUUUCUAGCACUGAGUAUCAAGACGAUCAGCCUGACCAAAAUAUUCCAAAGACUUUUCUAAGUCUCUGAAGAUUCUUUUUUCUCCUUGAACACUGAGUCUAUAGCAGUCAGCAAUGUACCUUAGCAGAUCCCUGGGAAUGGUUAUGGAACAGUAGGGCUUGUCUCCAUCCUUUUUAGAGUGAAGAGAUAGAAAAUUAGGGCUACCUAGUGUGGGUUCUUUUUCAGAACUAUGUAUUUUCUCCUCACUGCAUGAUGGGUAAAAAUGCCCUGGGUUGAAACAAGAAACAUUAUCUUUCCACACCACUGACUAAAACACCUGCCAUUCCAGUGGUUUCUUUAGGCUCCACCUUUUGCUCCAUAAACUGUAGACUUUCAGACUGAAAUCUAAUCUUAAGUGACCUCAAUUAAGGUAUUUUCACAAAAGGCUACUUAUAGUAUAGCAUUAUUGCCUUAAAUCAGAAAGCCCUGGGAAGAGGAUAAAAGAUAUAGAAAUGAGAAGGCUCUGAAGUUAUAGGCAUUUCUUGCUGUUUAAUAGUUACAUUAUCACAAAAACAAGCCCUAUUCGUGAUUGAGGACUAUGGAAAUAGUGACUUCUUGAGGAGGCACCAAACUUUCCUAGAACUGGCUACUCUCAGAUAGUGGCUGCUAUUUCCUAUUCUAUUUCAUUGACAUAGGUUGGGGCUGAAUGUAAAAUAGACAUCAUAUUACUAAAUAGAAUCCUAUAAAAUGCAAUCACAGGUGCCCGGGAGUACUAGUUUUAAACAUUUCCUUAACAAGGAGAACAAUCCCAGCAAAAAGCUUUCUUUCUCUAUACAGUGUAUAUCUCAACUUUUUUUCCUCAGUUUUAGAGAACAUCUCUUUUAUCUGGUGGUUCUUUGUUUGAAUGCAAACUCAUAACUUUCAAGUCUCCGGUGCAAGAGCAUAAUCUACAGAUCACAGGCAAAAUCUAGCCACAGUCCUGAGAGUCCAGGCUUCUGGGAUGCCCAAUUGGGUAUAAAAGUCCCUACUAACCCUCUUUCAAAUUCAGAGGUUUCUUUGGUUUAGAAUGCCUCAAUGAGAUUUUGAUACAUCCAAGAGAGAGAAAAAAAAAAACAAAACCUUGGGGGCAUCUGUUUCUACUAGUGUUGCAACAGUUGUUAUUACCCAGCAAACUCAUUGCAAUUUAUAUGUGGAUUCUAAUAACGAAAGAGUCUUAACCCAUCCAGUAUGUCACCGCUGCUGUCCAAAAUGUCUAUAAAUGAGUAUACAUUAUUUAUACAUGUGCACACACAGUGUGAGCUUCCCUCAGCACAAAACUGUUUCACAUUCAUAUUGCCCAGUGACAACAAGAUACAUUUUUGAACUUCUGGUUAGGAGUCGAAGGUCUGACAUAUCUCACAUAUCUGCUUAUGCUUUGUUGCCUUAGUUGGGUGCAUCAGUAUCUGUGAUGAGACUUUAGGGCAUUCUGAAGGAGCCCAACCAUCAGUAAUUUCUAUGUAUCCGUUUCAUGAGAAACUUGAAUAUGCUUAUGUGGAGUAGAGUGCAUUUAACAAACUCUACAGUUCUAUUGGAUUUAUUGACAUGUGUGCACAUGUGUGUGUUUGUGUAUAUACUUAUCGUCAUCUGUAAGUGUGUGUGCCCCCCAAAGGAAGCACACACAGGCAGAGGUCCUCGUGCAUAGAUACAGUUGCCUCUUCCCACCAUUGUGUUUAAGACUUGUGGCUCCCUUCCCAGGAAGCAGUCACCUGCCCACUCUGUUGCUUUUUGUAAUGUUUCAGAAUUGGGAGAAACAAAUGCAGCUUGUUGAAUCCACAGCAAACCCACAGGGACAGGCUGUUUUCCUCCAUAAUAAGGUAUAACAGAAGUCUUCAACUGGUGAGCAGACAAGAGGGAGCAGCAGUCCAGGGCAUCUCCCCAGGUCUCCUGGAGGUGGCGGAGGUGGGGACCAAUGCCAGGCAGGCAAAGCCCACACAAACUUUGGCCUGAGCCAUCCCAUAGCUCAAAGGUCUUCAUUCCUUUCCUCUAUGCAGUGCAGUGUGCUCACACACACACACACACACACACACACACACACACACAUAAAUUUUAUUCUCAAACUAAAGCUUCCUAAUUCUGCCUGUACUCACAAGAUCAUCGUAAUUCACAAACUGUGUCUCCUGAAACCAACGUGGCCUUUGCCAAAGUCUUUCCAGGAGUGGGUUGUUUACCAUGUCUAGCAAACCAAUAGACUAUUGGGGGGAAUAUUUUUUGGUAAUCUGUAGGAAUUGAUUGCUCUUGCCCAUCUCAAACAUUGAAGUAGAAUGCCACUCUAGUAUAAUAUACUGAAUGAAUGGACUCUGAGGGCUUGGUGGCCUGGAAUUCAGGAUUCAGUUUUCUCACUCCCAUGCCCUUCUUUUACUAGAUGGUUUGUUAUUUUUUAUGAUUUGUAGAUUAUUUCUGUUUUACAGAAGUCAGAGGACAUUUUCUUUCCUCUUCUAUUCUGGUGACUUUUCCCCUUCCCCUGUUAAGUAAGGCUACUUACAGUUGCAACUUUUUUGUCGUUAUUACUUUUUAAAAUGUAUAUUGUCUUUCUAUAUCCAAAAGAAGUCUGUGACUGUAACCAUAGGUAUUUCUUUUUACUGGAAAAACAAUUAGUUGUUUCGGUUUUAUUUUUUCCUUUAAUUAACAGUACUAGUGACUUUAUGAAAGAAUAUGAGUUACUAUUUAGGUAUGCUUACUUAACUACAAUACACUACAUUGCAGUAUUUCUGAAACCCAGGACAUACACAUUAUAUAUAACAACUCUAUAUUGAAAUAUAUAUUACAUUAUAUUCAUUUUAACUUUUGAAUCUGCCUAUGAUCAUGAGUUGAUUGAAAUAUUAUGUCUUUGCAUAUAUCACCCAUCACCAACCUGCUGCAGUUAAUCUGGUGCACCUAGUAAUAAUCAUUAGUGCUCUAAUUUGCUUUUUAUAUUACCAGCUUCAGUAUUGUCUUUAGAGGAUUUUAGAAUUUUUUAAAGCUCAGACUUAGCAAAUGUAGGAAAGUGAAAACUUUUUUUGAAACUUUUUUGUUGGUGUGACUAAUACAAAGAGGUUCAUAUUCAAAGUGAUCUUGUUUAGCUGACCCACUCAAUAUCUGAAGAACAAAAGAGGUGCAUAUGAAUGUAUCUGUGAUUUUUCCCCUGUAGGACUGUCACUGUCUAUAUUUGCUUUUAAAAAUAUGACCAAGGGGCUACUUAAGUGCCACAUGAUCUGACCAACAAUAACAGGCUGCGUUUCAAAGGGCCAGUCUUCUGAAAAGCAUAAGACAGUGAAUUACCUAGUUGUCCCCACUGUAUUCUCAAACAUUCAUUUUAAUACUGGUUCUUUACACUUUCUUUUUUCAAUACACUUAGAAUUAUUUUAACUAGUCUUCAACCUUUCCCUGGAGGCAGCUUGGCAAUAUAGUGUUCAUUUUCCUGGGAGUUUUUUUUUUUUUUCAAAAAAAGUAAAACCAGAGUUUCAGGAACUCUUUAUCCACAGAGGCUAAUAGAAAUAGAAUUUGGAAAUAUCUAUCUGAGACAUUUUUCAAUCUGAGGAAUCCAUAAAAUGGUGGCUCUUGGGUAUCCAGCUCUCAGGAUCUCCAUUUACCUGUUAAAGUGAGGAUUUGGUGCCUUUCUUCUUUAGUUGGGCCAUCAGGAAAACUUCAGAAAUCAGGCAUUCUGUCUUCCUAUACAAUAAAUAUUUUCAGAUCAUAUUUUCAGAUAAAAGAGUCUUCAGCUUCCCUCAGCUAUUCAACCCAAUGCAUGGAAAGCCUCAGUUGAAUAAACUUUUCCACCAUCCCGGGUGCCUGAAACUAGUGUCCUUCUUCACUUCUACAUUCAGGACAAAAUGAAGUCAGCUUUUUAAAACCUCGGUAUAAAAGACCCCCUCACACUGGUCCAAUAGGAAGACUUCUCAGCGUGAACACUGGGGAAUUCCUUCCUUUCAUCUUUCCUAGUAGAUUGUUGUUUUCUAAUCCCAUCCCAUUCUGCUGUGCCUCUCCAGCAAGUCCCUUUUCACCUUAGCCAAGCUCCCUGCAAUGCUCUCCAGUUGUGAAGCCUUGUAUUCACUAAGGAACUACGUACUGUUAGUCUGCUUUGAAAGGGCUAAUGUCUAGUGUAAUGGCAAAAUUACCAAUCUGUUCUCCGAAGUGUUCCAGCAGAUAUAUUUCUACUAGACAAACAUAAUUGUGAAUUGGCUGUUAGUGAAGCUGUUUCUUCUCUAAUGAUCACAUAAUAUCCAAAUUAUAUCAACUUCAUUAUUUCCCUCUUUCCUUUUCCUAACCCUUUCCCUUUAUUUCUUGUUUCUCUUGAAGACUACUUCAAAUUACCUAUUUGUCUUCAUUACUGCCCCCAAAACUCUAAUAAUUGUGACCCCUAACUGUUCAUUUCUCUUCCUUUCUCCACCCCAUUCUGAACAUCCUUCUUUAAGUUUUAUUUAAUGAAAGAACACUAAAGUGAGUGAGUUCAUAAACUUGAGACUCGUAGGCAGAGUGAAGCAUGUCUUCAUUUUAGCUUCAGAGUUUAAAAGUUAUCAAUAUUCUUUUGAGAGUGGGAGGACCUGAGUCACAGUUUUAAAUGUCAACUGUACUAGCUGAGGUCAUUAAUUCCCCUUACCUUCACGUUUGGCCAAAAAUGAAGAGAAAAAUAUUUUCUGUUUUUUUUUUUUUAAAUACCACAGUGUUCAGGUUCUUGAUAUGAGUAAACCACUUUUGACAGAGAAAAAAAAAAUCAUUAAUGUUGACUGUUUCCACUAGUCAAAUUACUUGUUUAUCAGACUUUAGAUUAUAGGAAUCUAAAGAAAAGAGUAACAUUUCAAAAUAAUUUUGAUAACUGUUCAAGCCUUAGUGAGCUCUUCUCAAACAAGAAAAGCCACAUCCACUUGAACACAUUGAAGGAAAAAUUAGGAAGAGUUUUUUUAUUUAUUGCCUUUUUGGAAAAAAAAAUCAUUGAUUUGUUUAGAACUUUGAGCAAUAACUUACUAAUGGAUGAAAAGAUCCAUAAAGUUUUGAAAGUGUCUCUUUUUGCAACCAGAGAUUGCCUAAACAUAAACUUAAUAUAUACUUAAAUAAAAUAAUAACAGAGCUAAAUGGAUACCUAAAUAGCCAUACAGUGCACUCCCCAGCACCUAAAUACGCCCCAUAUAAUUUGGUUGUCAUGCUAGAUCUCACUGCAGUGGAUUACAACUGUCUGGUCACCAGAGCAUUGCCCAAAAGACUGACUGAUACCAUUCUGGGUGUAUCCUUUUCAGGAUGCUUAUAAUAUCACAUUCACAACAACUUCGUAACACAGUCUUUCCUGACUUCUGGUCCAAUAUUCUUGCCAUGAUACCACAUCGCCUCUCAGCUUUAAUGAAGACAAGUCCUGUGACAUUUAGAGUACUAUGUGGUUUUGAGUGCAUAGGCGGUAUGCUUUCAGUUCUUGCUUUACCCUUUGACAAAAAGAAUCAACAUUUAAUAUCAGAAAUGUAUUUUUAUUUGACUUGAGAUUUGACCCAGCUUUUAUCUUAAUCAAACCAGUUUAUAACAUCAACUCACACCAUAGAGAACAAUGAAAUAAAUAGCAGUUUUGAAAGCCUUUAUGAGGCAUGCAUCUAGUAGGAAAACAACAUCUCUUAAAGGCAAUAUUUACAUUGCUUAGGACUAUGAUCUUCACUUGGAAUGUUCUCCCAAUCAAUCCUAUAUCCUUCUUUUUCUUUGUCCAUUCUAACUCCUGGUAUUUUUUUUUUUCUUAAAGUACUCUUUAUCUAAAGUAAUCCUCUCCUUAGGCACUGGCUUCCAGAGGAAGAAAGACUCUUUUAAAUCCUAAAAUGCUAUCAUUUAAAGUAUAAUAUGGAGGAGGAGAGGCUCUGGUUCUGAUAGAUCUUACUUGGUCCUCAAUCUGGGAUGCCUUCUUGAUGCUGUUCUUUCUAGUUCCCCAAGAAGUAUUCCAACCCCAAGACCCAGAAUUUCUCACCACAACCUCUGUGUUAGUCUCAGAUUAAUGUCUAAAUCCUGUUUGAUAUUCCAGAGACUCCAGGGUGUGAAUUUAUUAUUGCUUAUGAGCCUCCUGUCUUUCCAAGCUGACACCUGUCAGGAGCAUCAAUAGCCCUAACAGUAACUAAUGAAUCAAAAUAACAGACAGAAACACUGUAGUAUAUAUUCGUGAGGAUAGGAAGAUUUUUUUUCUUCUUUUCUCCAGGAAAAGCUUGCUUCGCUCCCCUCUCCCUCUGCAACACACACACAUACAAUGCAUUUCAGAAAGUCUGCAUCUUAUUUUACAGAUAUGUAGCUCUAGAAUUUACAAAUAUAGCUUAGGAAAUGUUCUGAGAUUGAGGCUGGUAGCAAACAAGUUUAUUUUCUGCACUGGACUUCAGGAUAAGUGUGCAUAGAUGCAAUUCCUUCAAAGAAAGUGAAACAUGGUAGAGCAAAGGGAUAAUACUUUCACACAUUCAAACAGUUGUUUGCUAUCUAUAAACCUUGAUUUAAGCAUAAUUAUUACUUUUUAGAAAUCUGAAACUGGAGGAAUGUGUAUCUUAGUAAGGUUUGUUUGUUGAUUUAUUUGUUUCCCUUUCUCUCUUUCUUCUCAAGAUAGUAAAGGAUUUUUAUUUCUUAAUUUGUUACUGUCCAUGGACAGUCAAAUAACUGCUCACCCUUACUGUAUUAUUUUCCCCUUAGAAAGAAAAGCCUUCCAUCCUACCAUGAAGGAAUUUUUCCUCCACAAAAAUCUUAUCUUCCAUUUCAAAUAGCACUCAUGAGCUUUUAAGAGAGAAAUUCUGUCUUUACUUUGAGGAUAGAACAGUUAAAACAAAAACCUGUUCCUUGAGAAAGAAACCGUAUUUACCUAAACUAACAGGUCUGGGGCCAAAGAAUAGAUUUUUUUAUUGAUUGCAGAUGAAGACCAUGCAUUUUGUACUACAAAUCCUUAUUGCCUCCUCAAAUCCUUUUUGGAAUAAGGCUGGGAAUAAAUUAGUUUAAUUAAAUUCUUUGGGUAUUUCUAAUUAAUAUCUACUGCAAGAUACCCAGGAAAGAAAAGGAAGGGGUGCUGCUAAAAUGCCAAAAUCAAUUGAUCUGUUGAUUUUUAUCAUUGUAGUUGUUGCUUUUCUAGCCAUUUCAAGACUGUAUGUGUUCAUGAAGUCUUAAGUAGAGAAACAUCUGUUUCCCCAUUGCUUCUCUCUCCUUCCCCACACCCCUGCACCUGCCCCAACCCCAGGCACUAGAGGGAACAGUAACAGAGGGAGAUUGGCACUGCAUUGCCAGUACUUCACCCAUCUAUACCCCUCCACCAGAAAAGAAGGAAAAAACAAAUUAGAAACUAUUUUUUUAAAAAAGGAAAUUGUAGUACUUCAUUUGAAAGCAUACUGUUUUCAACUCAACUCGAUUAACAGAUAGCCUGACAACGUUUUUGUGACCUUUCUUUUGUGCUAUAAUUGACAUUCUUGGCUCAAUCUUUAAAAUAAUUGCAAUUUCAAUUAAGUGAACAGAGAAAAACAAAGAGAGGGAACAGGACAAUGUGAUGGGACCAAAUUUGAUACAGGUCUGGAUUCCUAAAGCCAGUUGUCAAGGUUACCGGAGAAAGUUAGCACUACUUACCCCUUGUUGUUCUUGCCUGUCUCUCAUUAUUACAAUUCAAAGAAUUAGUAAGGUAACUAUACUUCUUUGUGAUUAAAGAUUUCUCUUCAUGCUGCCAAACACAUCUAGAGAAAUUGUAGAAACUCCUGACUUCUAUACCUAAUGUGCUGUCCGGGCCCAAGAGGAGUGUACAGAAAGAUCACUAAAAAUAAAAUAAUAGUUCAAAUUUGAGAUAAGAUUUUCCUGUAGUUCAAAGUGCUUUAUGCAUGUUCACAACUAGGGGAAUCUUUGAAAACAAAGGCUAGUUACUCUGCUCUUGCUCUCCUUGGGACAAACUUUAAUUUGGAACCAGCUGUAGAUUUACAGGAGAAAAUUCUCAAAGGUAUUUUCAGCUGCUAAACUUCUUCUUUAGGCCCAUUGAUUUGAACCUCAGUUUUCCUGAGGAGCCUAUUGAGAUAUAAAUUAAGGGUAAUUUGCAUAUAUCUAAUUAAAAUUGUUCCUACACUAUUGUUGAAAGAAUUAUGGUUUUCAGAGUAGAUGAAAGCAGGGUGUCUUAGUAAUCUUCAUCAUGGCAAACAAAGGUGAGAAGCUGAUAUGAUAGAGAAAAUCUAUGGUAACUUGAUAUUUUAAGGUAAUUUGAGUGUGCUGACCCCACUAUGCUGAAUUCCUUUCCCACAAUCUAUUUUAAACUACACUUUGAUUCUCUUGAGACUUACAGCAUGCAUGUGUGGGUAUGAGCAGACAAGCAGACUUACCUUUGGAGGGUGAAGACCCAGACAAACUGAAGAGACAGAUUCCUGAGGAUGAUCAAAUACAAAUCAUUUUUCCAGAAUCACUCAAUAUUGCCACAUCCCAAACUAAUUCUAGACUAAUCUUUAGAAAGAAGUAAGCUCCUUAAGAAAUCCUACUAUGAAUGUUUUUUCUUCUUAUGGAAUAACACAAGAAGAGGUACAAUGCAGACUCUUAAUUUUGCUGUAAUAAUUCACUUUUAUAUUUAAUAAUUGUACUUCUGUGUGAGUGUGUCACUGAGCUAUGUGUACCAAUUUUCAAUUGAUCAUUCUGAGAGGGGCCUUGAGAAUUUCUGUGUAUGUGUAUGUGUAUCUGUAUUUAUGUGUAGUCAGAAAAAAAAAGAAUAGGAGACUAAUGAGGGGAGGGAAAAAGUGAUCAAUGUAGAAAAGUGAGUGCUCCUGGUGUACCUAUUUAUGUUAUGUUAGGUGGCUGCUGCCUGUAGCCCUUGAGGAAUAGCUGAUUGCACUAUUCAAAAAUAAAAGCCCAGCACUGUUAAAUUUAGGACCGUGUUUCAAGAAACAGGAAAGCUUUAUCUUUUUCUGAACCCAUUCCCCUUAGCAUCAGAGCCAUCUGACAUGAUGAAAACUAUUAAGUAAAAACCACUACUGACCUUUACAUUAAAUAGCUGUUUUCCUCUUCUAAAUAAUACCCUUGAUUUUAACUAGACUACUUCCUUUUAUUUUCUGCCUAUUGGCUUAAUGUUUUACAGAAAAUACAUAGGUGCAUGCUAGUUUCUCUACUUUGAGCUGAAACAAACAGGAGCAACAAAAGAGAUGACUCACAUAAGUGUGAGAUAGACUGAAUUUCCCACCUUCGUAGCACUGGUAACCUUUGUAAGAGCUGUUUAGAGUUGAGCUUUGGGUUAUAAUAGGGCUUUUUUUUGCACUAAAUAUGACUGCACUGCAUUGCACUACUGAAAUGUACUUACUUGUGCUGGGAGAGAGUGUGUUAUGUAUGGGAAAGAAAAAGGCAAAUUAUGGAAGUAGGAGCAUCACUAAAAUGCAGAGUUAUUUUCAUCAUGCUUGAUCUUAGCAGGGUUGGCGAGAAUCUAUGGAAUCUCUGUCAACUCUUGAUCAGGCCUAGGAACCACCAUGCUGAUAGGAUCUGUUUUCUUAUUGUAAAGAAGCUGAGUUAGUACAGCAAUUAAGAACAUUUAAGAAAAAGUUUACCCAAUCUUGUUUCCGACUGAGCUCUCAGUAAGAGUUUUAACAGUGAAGAAGCCAAUUGAUGUGAUGUAGAAGUCUUUGCCUUGGCCUACUCCACAAAGCCCCUUGCUUGUGCACAUUUUAGUGUGGCAGAGGGCAGUAGGAUGUGCUCCUUUCAAAAACACAUAGCCUUGUCCAUAUUGGAAUUACCCUUUCAGCCUGAUUAUGCUUCUCCAUCCCUGGGUGAAACCUAGAUCAGGCUAACCAAAGAGGACGGCUAUACAUGUGGUAAAGUCCUUUAAGAUGACAGAUAGGGAACAGUGCAAUAAACACUGAAAACCAGUGAAGUGAAAGGUUUGUUCUGAAACAAGCUAGGCCAACUUGGACAUUGGAGGAAGGAUUGGAGGAUGGAUUAGAACAUACUAGCUGCUCCAUCAUAGAUUAUCCUUACUAAGCAGAAGACCUUAAUAGUGCCUAAAAGUUUAGUUUUGAAAUUGGUUUUUUCCUAACUUUUCUUUGUUAAAUUUAUUUUUAUUAUCUUUUUUAAUCUUAGAAGUAAUCAGAGUUUGACAGCUCUUUAGUAACUGUUAAUAAAAGAAUCUUUCAUCACAGGAUAAGCAAUAGAUUGUGUGGGAAAUAAUAACACAAGAGUAAAGAUGCUGAAGGACUCUUCCGGAAUUCAAAGUAACAGUUUUGAAGGUUCUGGCACAGUAGGAAAGGAUCACAACCCAUAUAAAUGGCUAAUGUUGAAUUUCUCUGAACACUAUCACAUGUGGGGCAUCAAUUUGGAAAACUCUCAAAUGAGGCCCCUUCCCUAAGAUUACAACAUUGAUAACCUGUCUUUUUCUCUCUUUUCUUUACUAUCCGUCCAAGUCUACUAUUCCAAGUUUAAAUAUUGUUCAGAAAGUUGUCAGCCUUGUUAGUCAGAAAAACUCCAUUUAGAGCCAUCCAAACUAGCAUAAGAAAUUCCUUAAGCACUCAAAGCAUUAUCUCUGUUUUAAGUAAGAAACUAAAUCCAGAGCUUUUAACAGGUACUUAGAAAUAGGUAUUGGGUAAUCACUAAGAGGACAUUGACUGCACCAAACCAAAGCUAUAGAAAGAAAUGAUUGACUUUUUAAAAUAUAUUCACAUUAACUGUCCUAGGAUACUUCUCUUGAGGCUUUGGAAAACUUCUUCCUUGAAAUUUGCAUAUCCACUCCAGUUCUGUCACCAAAGAUUUUAAUCUUCAGAGCGCAAUUUCCUCUCUCCCAGAAAAAAGUACUACAACAGGCUCAAGGGAUAUGCUUUGGUGGUCAAGGGAUUACACUAUGGUUUUCCUUCUGUUCACAAUGGUAUUUACAGGAGACCUUGUCAUCAGAGGACAUACUGAACUAUCUUUAUGACUUUGGAUUUGAUCAGAGGUUUAAAAAAUAGAAAAAAAAAUAAACAACACUACUUGACACUGUAAAUGAUCUUUAAUAGAGUCAUGACCUGGAGACUGAUGGAGAGAAAGAAACUUCCAUGGAAGAGAGUGAGCUAAAUCAUUUAGAACCAAACAAAGGUCACUGGUGAAACAUAGGGCAGCAUGUACACCGUGCAGAUCAGGGUUCUGUAUGGCCAGAGCCAACAGCAGUGACCGGUGGGAGAGUCAGACAACUGGCCAAUGAAUUCAAGUGUUGAAAAAGCCACAGUCUGGAUUUUGUUGUGAUUUCUGGAGUGGUUGAAACGCCCAUGCCCAUGGCAAGGAAAAUGCUUGGAGGCUGAUCUGUUGUGAUAGUGCCUUUCUUGUCGUAGUGAGUACUAGAUUAAUAAUUUAUUCAGUUAUGCUUUUCUGUACCAUUGCCUCCAGUCUUCUGAGGAGGUUUGAAGGGACAGUAUCCACUUAGGAUGAAGGGACAGGAUAUUGCUCUGGAAUGCUGUGAUUUGAUGAUAUUUGCACUAGAUUCUAAACUCUCCUUUAAACUGGAGCAACUGACUGAGAGAAAAACCAAGGACAGCUCAAAGUUAAAAGAAACCAAAAGCAGUAUUUUCUGACAGAUACCAUUUCUUUUUCUUCUUUUUUUUUUUUUUCCUGGAAGAAAACUUCACACUAGUUGGCUACCGAGCUCAACUCUUACCAGUUCUUUUUCUUUAUUUUUUGUUUCCAUAUGGAACCAUCUGUGUGAAUUAGUCAUCAGUUAGGUAUAGUUAAUGUAAAGAGCCCCUGCCAUUGAAACUUUGCACACCUUCUCUGCUUUAUUGAAGGCAAGGGCCAGUGGGCAGUGGUAGCAGGGGAGGGACCCUCCAGAACCACCCAGCCCUCCAGGAGGCCAAUAAGCAUGGAUAUCAUGUCAGGAGCUGAGCUGACAUAUAUUUACUCAGAGGACAUUGGGGUCUGUAGCUAAUCCUAAAGAAUGCUCCGCAACAGAAGGAAACCAAUGCAUUGUAGAAAACAAAGGGAGAUGGUGCCCGAAGUCUGCCUGUUUCUCUUCUCUUUUCUUUCCCAUCUCACCACCAUGUCCUCUCUGACAGAAUUAUAUUUCAUCUCAUAUAUUAUAUGUUACUAGAAAAGUCAUUUGGUUCCUUGGUUUCUCUCUUUAUCAGUGGGCUGGAAAUUCCUCCAAAUUAAAUACAAAUACCAGUAGCAGCUCCCCUGUGUCCAGCCAGUUUCUCAAAUGCUGUCCACCUGGUCUUACUGUCCACCUAACAUAACUUGGAGGCUUUGGCUGGCUCAACCACCUGUUCACUUUAUUUUGUUUUCAUUUCCAUUUGAACUUGAAGUGAGGCUAUGGAAAGGUGGAAAUCAUGGGCAAGGUUUGGAGGCUGCAAUUCUAGGGCAUAGCUUGUCAGGAGUUUAUAUUAUCUAAAAUAUAUCUUUCUAUACCCUUUUCAUUUUAAUCUGUUGCCCUGAUUAUCAUUUCUUUAUAUUUGUGGUUAUUUUUAUAAGAAUAGAGUCCAUUUGCUAUGUCUAUUUGAGUACUUUUUUUCUAUUGUCCCCACAUGGAUGCAGUACCAACCUGUUAAUGAAAUAUCUUUUUAUUAUAUUAUUAAUAUGUAAUUCUACUGUAGACCAAAAAUAUAAAAACAAAUUUGUUCAUUUUAAAGAUAUAAAGAACUAGGGAGUAAAAGAUUAAAAGUUGAAGGAAAAGACAGAAGAGCAGUGGUUAACUAUGUUGAGUUAGAAAUCUAAGAGUAGCCUUACCUGUUUUUUAACCAGUGCUUGCCAAUCAUACCAUAGUUGGAAUUAUGUAAUCUUGGCUCCUUCAUACUUAUGUUCUAUAAUUUUUGUUUGUCUAUUUGUUUUCUUUGAUGUAAUUGAGGUUGCACAUCAUGCUAUUCUUGGCAAUGCCUGAUUCUAUUGUAUUGUACUUUUGUUAGUCAUUUCCUUUAGAAAGAUGGGGGGAAACGUUUAUUUCUUCUUUUAAUUUAAAAUUUGUUUAAUGCACUGGAAAUAAAAUUGGACAUAUUUCACUGUUUAAAAAAUCAGAAACAAAACAAAGCAAAACCGUGAGGGAAAAAACCAGCAAAUAAGCAACAGGGGAAAAAAAGCUAUGAAAAAAAUAUAUUUGUACUGAAUACACAUACAAACUACAUCCCACAUGAAAGAUUAAUAUCAUCAAGUAAGAAAAAUACAUAGUUUAAACUACAACGCUGAAAAUAUAAAAGGAACCUGGUAGUUCAAUGGGGAUGGAGAAAACAGAGCAUUCCUCUGAGAGCAGAGAUCUUGUCAUUAUUGCAAUUAAUGCCCAAACAGGUUAAAUGUGGAAGAAAGUAUGGAGGGAAUAACCCCAGCCUUCCUCAUAGCACUGGAUUUCCACAUCACCUUUUAACUUACGCUUGAGCUCCCUUUUGAGAAAAAAUAUUUAAAAACAAAUUGGCUAUGUAACAAAUUUGUGUGUGUGUAUAUAUAUAUAUAUGUAUAUGCUUAUAUGUAUAUGCAUAUAUAUGUAUAUGCUUAUAUAUAUAUGUAUAUGCAUAUAUAUGUAUAUGCUUAUAUAUAUAUGUAUAUGCUUGAGAAAGUGGUUUGUCAAGAUGUAUGUGUACAGUACACACAUGGACACGCUUCAGUCCUUUGACUUCCCAUGUACUACCUCAUGUGUUUCUCUUCUCAUGAGGAUUUGCAACGGAUAGUUGUAUAACCUGGGGACUGUCAGUGACUCAUUGGUAUCAGCAUAUGCUAAAGAAGCUCUUGAAUCCAAUCUUGAAACCUGAUCUCCCUUCUUCAACAUUCCCCAAUACCAAACUGGCCCAUUUACCCAUACAAAUGCACAGUAAAGGGAAGAACAGCGGUAUUUUUCCUAGCCAACUGACUCUAUCAUUUGUUUAAUGUUUGCUGGUUUUUUUCCGGUUUUGUUUUGUUUUAGAGCAGGUGUGGGAGUGGCUGUAACUUCACAAUCCUAAUACAGUAAAUGUUUUGCAUCUUCCGUGUUUUAUGCAAAAACAGACAUUUAAAUCAAUAAAUAAUUGUGCCCUAGACUGAAAGUUAAUGUUUAGGAGAGGAAAAAAAUUGUUGGAAUUUUUUCUACAUUUUUUUGUGAAGAAUCUUUUUUGGAAAGGAAGGAUACAUAUUUUUGUUGUGUAAUAUUUUCUAUUUUUGAAUGCAUUUUAUUGGUACAAGACUGUUUUUUUGGUGAAGACAUUAUUUAAAAAAAAAAAAAGAAAAAAACUAAUCGAAAAGUUUGCCCUUAAGGAUAUGCUGCAGUUUUGAGGUUAAAAAAAAAUAACUGAUUCAAGAUGCGUGUUAAAAGUUGGGAUUAUAUUGUUGUUUUUUGUAAUUGUUACAAGAAGAAGUUUGUACCCACUGCUGUUUAUUUUGUUUCAGAUGAGUAAGUAAAGGGAUUGUUCUUGUUUUAUUCUUUUUUUAGAGAAAAAAAGCUAUUUAUGAAAUGUCAAAAACACUGGACUGUGAGUUUAAGUGUGGAAGCAUUUUACCACCCUGUGUCUUCAACCAAUAAUGGGAAAUCCCUUUUCUCUUCCCCCUACCCCCUGUCUUAGCCUUGCCAAAUGAGAAAAAUAUAACAGCUGUCAGAUGAUCAAAGCCACCGAAGCCCUGCUUUAAUUUUUAUGGUUUGAAAAAGUUGGAAAACCAAAGUUAAAUUUGUUUCUGAAAUCCUGCUGUGCAUUGCCCUUUUUUGUAUGACACAGCUGGGCUCUGCCUCUCUAUCUCAAAUCAUUGCCUUCUUAGGGACUGGGGGCCAACCUGAUGCAAAGAGAGGCAUAAAGGUGGUGAGCCUGAGAGUUGAGGUCUCACGAAGUAAAAUGUGAGUGGAACUUCACCCUCUCAGUGGGCAACCACACUUUCCCAUCCUGAGAUGAGGCUGCCAAGAGAGCACACUGCUAACACUGCCUGAGGAGAGCACGCCUCCCGUCUCCUUCACCCUCUGCUUCUGAGACCCUCCUGUUACUGUUAUCAUCGUUCCCUAGCCUGGCUCUGCCUUUCUCAGCAGCCCACAUUCCAUGGAUGGGAGCAGGGGGGCAGGGACCCAAAGGAGGGAAAUGGCUGUGGGUGGUGUGAAGGCCCCCCAGCCCUCAGGAAGGUGGGGCAAGGGACCACUGAGCACAAGGGAUCUUGCCCACCUCCUCUUUGACUCUGUGGAUUGUCCAUCCAUCUGCUCACUGUGAAGAUGGAGAGGCAGUGCCCUAAGGCUGUUCAAUAGCUUUUCCAUAUUUUUUCAACAUUGAAAAAAUAAUUUUUAAAAACUGUGAUUUUUUUAAAAAAUCAUUUGGCUGGAGGGAAGGGAAAAGGGAAACACCAAAAGCUGUACCAUGAUGAACUGGAGAUAUUUAACUGGGGCACUUUCCAGACCAAGACAAACAAAUUCCUUUCUGGACUCUAAAGCAGCUGAAUCUUGAGACUGUCAACGACAGAAAGCUGAAGAGAGGCCUCUAUUUCUUCCUUUCUCCUUUCUUCUGUCUAAAAACUCUCUCUUGUUCCCCUUUUCCAGCUUCCCUUGGACUACUGCCCCAAUGGCCCCUUGGACUCGCAUUUCAUGUAUGCGAGCACACACACACACAAACUUGCAAAAUACCGUUUUUCUUAAGGAUUGUGGGACCGAAUAAUAUCACGUGCCUUCAUCUUUUCCUUUUAUAGUUAGAUGAACCUCUUCCUCUUUACAAUUUUUUUAAAAAGUGAUAGGGGAGGUUGAUGUGUUAGUGGAAGAUUUGGGCAUCGUUUGAGAAGUAACUUUUGUUUAACACAUUCCCCCUAAACAUUGAACACAAACAUUUCAACCCCUUCAUGACACUCUUUGGACAUUUAAAGCAUUGAGUAACCAUGUACAUGACAGCCUAAAUCCAUUUGAUUUCAGAGCAUUUCCUGAACAUUGUAUUUCAUAGACUUCUUUGAUUUUUUCAAAAAUGAGGUGAGCAAUGGCAAGCAGCCUUGUUCUCCCAAUUUGGUGCUUUUGCUUUUGGUGUGGGGUGGGCAUGGGGGGUUGGGGGGGUGUGGGUGUGUUCAGAAAAAAGGUGCAUUCCUGAAGAUCUCUGGUGCUGAAGGGCCUCGAGUUCCUUUCAGAGACUGUAUUUGACACACUUUAGGUACACACAAACGAAUGGUAUCACAUGCAAUAUUUUAAUGGAGCAAUGGGAGAGGCUCUUUGAAAUGGGGUUUGCAUCUUUUUGUAACAUUUUGAUUUCUCUGGUGCCUUAUUCCUACUUGAUGCUGGCACUCACAUACCCACAAGAAGCUGACACAGAAGUCAGCCUUAGGCGUGGGGACAUAUGGGUGAUGUUUGAGCACGCAGGGGCCAUGGGGAGUUUGGUGUCAGUUGGUGGAGAAGGGACUAGAUGGCAUCUCUUACCCGAGGCCAACAGGAACUGCACAAGUCCAUUAUAGUCAAAGUUAGCAAUUUUGAUACGUAAACACAAUACUUCAUUCUUCCUCAUCUGAGCUUUCCUUCCUUCUUCCUUUUCUAUCUCUACCUUCUCAUAAAGGUGCUGCUGCUGCUGCUAAGGUGCCCGGAGUCCAGAAUGUCCAUUAAUCACUCAGGCACGAGCCUGGCACUGCCACAUCAGCCCCCAGCACGACCAAACCCAGGUUUCUCUUGCUUGGGGCUGAGAACUGUCGGAUUUUUCUCAUCAAAAAUGUUUUCCAAGGAAUCAGUGGAUUACAGUUUUUCUGCAUUGAAAAUGCACUUUAAAAAAUAAAGCUCCAGACUGUUUAAAAUAUACAGAGGGAGCAGGGGAAAGUUAAGCAUGUGCUAGUGUCUGAACCCAGUUCAGUUUAUCUCCAGUUGAAACGAUAUACACUAUAUUAUGUAUAAAUGUAUACACACUUCCUAUAUGUAUCCACAUAUAUAUAGUGUAUAUAUUAUACAUGUAUAGGUGUGUAUAUGUGCAUAUAUACACACAUGCACAUAACAAAAUCAGAUGCUCAUUACAAAUCCAGAUGCUCAUUACAAAACCAGAUGCUACACAAACAGCAGCAGAGGAAACAAGGUUGGACUCUUGCAACAGAUCACAAAAAAUAAAAACAGCUACUUGCAGUGACUUUGGUCAUUUCUGUAUGUUCAUAAAGAAUGGAUUGUAACAAGGAAAAAAAGGAACAGUGUUAGUGAAAAAGGAAAAAUGGGUGAAACCAUCUUGAUCCGAUGCGAAUGCAGUAAUGUUCUAUAUACCAUUUCAUCAGUUAUUUCUUUUAGUCAUGUUGAUUUGAUUUCAGUUUCUGGCCAUGAAAAACAUUCUUAAACUCGUCACCCACAACAAACUGAACAAAACUACUACAGUGAAAGCCCUUUUCAGUGAAAGAUGUCAGAAACCUCAAAACCCUUGGCCUGACUCAGAACUACCAUGUGAAAAUCAGUACUCUCUUAAUGUUUGAAAUAAAAACUGAAAAAAAAAAACAAAAAAAAAAAACAAAAAAAAAAACCUUUUUUGAAGCACCUUAACGUGGCCAUCCAUUUGAGAAGUGGGUGCCACUUUUUUCUUUGAGCACCUUAUUGAUGUGUUUGCUAUCUGCUGUCUUUCUGUUACCUGUUGGCUGAAUGGCUAGCUGUUAACAUAUACAUGUGCACAGAAGAGAUAUCUGGGCAUGUGUGUUCUCAAUGAAGUUUACUGUGGUGACUGCUGAAAGGUGAACCCAUUUCCUGAUUUUCCCGCCGCAGUGUUGUGAUAAGAUUCGAAGAAACCUUUUUUCCCUGCACAGAAAUGUUUCUUAUCACAUUGUAUCUUAGUAUGGAAAGGAAUAUGGUCCCUUUUUUGCAAUUGCUACUGUGUACGCACACACACACACACACACACACACACACUGUAUGUUUAGACCUAAAAUACACACACCCACACACACACUGUAUCUUUAUGUGACCUGAAACAUACACACAUGCACACACACAUACAUAUCCAUUCAUUCAUUCAUUCAAGUGGUGUUUCCAGUGUCUGUGUGUCACUGUUUAUGCAGUUUCCACUUCCCAGUGAAUUAUGAGUGGAGGGCAACUUUUCUAACCAGAUUUUCUUUUCAGAACAAAGACGUGGGAAUUGAGGAAGAGUUUGGAAAGAGGGAGAGGCAAGGAAAGAGAGCUUUAAAUUGAAAGGUUAAUUUCCUAAGAGGAACCUGGGCUGAAUGACUACAGUGUUAUACCCUCCAAUCUUUGCAGGUGGGCAUGGAACACUGCUUGUAUCACUCUGUGCACGGUAUAAAUCCAUAUAUCCACAAAAACACACAUCCAUCCAUCAACAUAUACAUGGUUUGGGAUGAGCAGGUCAAUAGUUUUGAGAGGGAGUUUGUUCCUUUUUUUUUCUCAUUUAUACUCUUAAAUUGUUGUCAGUUAUCAAACAAACAAACAGAAAAAUUGUUUGGAAAAACCUUGCAUACGCCUUUUCUAUCAAGUGCUUUAAAAUAUAGACUAAAUACACACAUCCUGCCAGUUUUUUCUUACAGUGACAGUAUCCUUACCUGCCAUUUAAUAUUAGCCUCGUAUUUUUCUCACGUAUAUUUACCUGUGACUUGUAUUUGUUAUUUAAACAGGAAAAAAACAUUCAAAAAAAGAAAAAUUAACUGUAGCGCUUCAUUAUACUAUUAUAUUAUUAUUAUUAUUGUGACAUUUUGGAAUACUGUGAAGUUUUAUCUCUUGCAUAUACUUUAUACGGAAGUAUUACGCCUUAAAAAUACGAAAAUAAAUUUUACAAGGUUUCUGUUUUGUGUGGAAGAGUAAUUGAUGUUGCUAAGAAUGAUGUUUGUUUUUUGGGGUUUUUGUUGUUUUUUUUUUAAAUGUUACCAGCACUUUUUUUGUAAGUUUCACUUUCCGAGGUAUUGUACAAGUUCACACUGUUUGUGAAGUUUGAAUAUGAAGGAAUAAUUAAAAAAAAAAAACUCUU